AUGAUGUUCCUAUCACGUACUCCAAGGAGAAAAUAUCCUGAAUCCAAUAUACAAGACAGUUUUACUCGCCUGUCCAAGUUUUGGAUACCUACGGGAGGAAUAACUGCUACCGAAAAUGAAGACGCUCAUAGCAAGUUAAUUCGGGCUGGAUACCUUCGUCAAUCUCAUGCAGGGAUAUUCCACAUGCUCCCACUAGGCCAAAAGGUUCAAGAGAAAUUAGAAAGACUAAUAGAUAAAUAUAUGUCACAACUUGGUGCUUCUAAGGUAUCAUUGUCAUCUAUCUCAUCGCAAGCACUGUGGCAGCAAACAAAUCGACUGGAAGGCUACGGACAAGAGCUAUUCCGAUUUGCCGAUAGAAAAGAUGUCCCAUAUCUACUUACGCCAACUCAUGAAGAAGAGAUCACAACACUUGUCUCGAAAACAAUCAAGUCAUACAAGAAUCUCCCCUUGAGGCUCUAUCAGAUUGGUCGUAAAUACCGCGACGAAAUCCGGCCACGGCAUGGAGUGCUACGGUCAAGAGAGUUUCUCAUGAAGGAUCUCUAUACCUUCGACUAUUCUGUCCAGUCAGCACUCUCAACGUAUGGACAAGUAUGCGCCGCUUAUUCCAGACUCUUUGAUGAGUUAAAGCUUCCAUAUCUAGUUGCGGAGGCUAGCUCUGGUGAUAUUGGAGGCGAUCUAAGCCACGAGUACCAUCUUCCAACUUCGAUUGGGGAGGAUAACGUGAUUAAUUGCAAUAGUUGCGACUACGUCGCUAACGAGGAGCUCGUUACUACACGGAUUAGCCCCUCAGAAGACAUACCCCCAACCGAAUCUGGGGAUGUGCUUACUGCUGGCGUCUGGCGUGGUGUUUCUAAAGAUAGGACAACUCUUAUUAAUGUCUGGUACCCUGCUUCCUUCUCGGACGACGACAUUAACACAUAUGCCAUCAAAUCCGUCCUGCCUGAAUUAGAUUCGAGUCUCAAUGACUCGACACCAUUCUGGUCUUCUACACCUUCCGAAACUAGACAAGGUCUACGGUUAGUGAAUAUUAUCGAUUGCAGGCUUGGUUCUCCUUUCACUACCGCACUUAAAACUAAUCCAAGUCCCAACUUUUUACUACCCCAAGGCGCCGACCUCGACCUUUCUAUUAUCACGAGCGACUACAUAACCGCGUCGGCAAAUGGAGACCCCCUCAAUGUUCUUCGCAUUCGUGAUGGCGAUGACUGCCCUCGAUGCGAAGCCGGGAAGCUCAAGGUACAAAAAGCGAUCGAGCUCGGGCAUACAUUUCAUCUCGGGACACGAUACUCGGAACCCCUUGAAGCUUGUGUACAAGUGCCUACGCACUUGAUAGAAGGUGAUACCGCAACCACCAAAGCUGGAAGUAUGACAACUGUACCUAUACAGAUGGGUUGUCAUGGUAUAGGAGUGUCUCGCAUUAUCGGCGCUGUCGCAGACCAUCUGGCCGAUAGUAAGGGGUUAAAUUGGCCGCGUGCUAUCGCGCCUUUCGAGGUAGUUGUCGUCCCAGGCCGUGGCUUAGAGAAAGAUAGUGUUAUUGUCUCCGAAUAUCUAGCGAACUCCCAAGCCUCCCGAUCCUUAGACUUGCUACUCGAUGAUCGCUCGGAGUCGUUGCCAUGGAAGAUGCGAGAUGCCGACUUAAUAGGAUACCCGAUUGUCGUGAUCCUAGGGAAGGGAUGGAGUUCGGAUAGGCUCUGCGAGGUUCAGUGCAGGAGAUUAUCUAGCGUAUCACACGUCUUACUCGAGGAUCUCCCCAUGUACAUUAACCAACUCCUUACUCAGCUCUAG